GGUAUCAGAGCCUAACUCUCUACAAGCCUUAACCGAUUGUGAGAACGAUCUAUAUUUUCUGUUGAGAAUGUCGUAUGCAGAAUUAAGCGAAGGACACUCCACCGUUAGACCUCCACUCUUCGAUGGAACAAACUACACCUAUUGGAAGGAACGAAUGAGGAUUUACAUUCGGUCAAUCAACUUCCAACUGUGGUUAAUCAUCAAAAACGGUGAGACGAUGCCAAUGAAAAAGGUUGGUGCAACCACCAUCCCAAAGAAGGAGGAAGAAUAUGAUGCUGAAGACAUCAAGAAGGUAGAAGCUUUUGAAAAAGCUAAACACGUGAUUUUUUGUGCAAUUAACCCAGAUGACUACCGGAAAAUUUCUUCUUGCUCCACCGCAAAAGAAAUGUGGGAUAAGCUUGAAGUGACAUACGAAGGUUAUGAUGAUUGGAAGAUCAUGAUGGAAGCACAUCUCUACGCUCUACAUGACUGCAUGUGGAUGGUGCUUGAGGAUGGACCCUUGAAAAUUCAAAUGGAGAAUCUUGAGAGGAAUCCAGCAACUCCAGAUGUAGUCCAGUACAUUCCAAAGCCCAAGAAAAAAUGGGAUGAUAGAGAUUGUAAAAAGCACAAUCUGGACAACGUCGCCAAAGCAGCCAUCUUCAAGACACUUGAUCCCAUCACCUUCUCCAAAAUUAAGCAUCUCAAGACUGCCAUGGAGAUUUGGCAAGGUCUUGGGAAGCUAUGUGAGGGAUCAGAGGACUUGAGAAAGCAGAAGAUAGAAGUCCUGCUUGAGAAGUUCAAAGGCUUCAAAAUGCUUCCCGGAGAAUCAUUUGAUAUGUUGGAUGAAAGGUUCCACAAAAUCUUGAAUGAUCUUGCCUCACUUAAUCACGUUCUUUCUCCCAAAGAAAAGAAUGUAAGGUUACUGAGAUCACUUCCAACCAAGUGGUAUACCAAAGCCGCAGCCAUGGAAGAAGGAAGAAACCUGGAAAACUACGUUGUCCAAGGUCUCCUUGAUGAGCUCAGAACCUAUGAGCACGAGCUGAAGAAGAAGAAGAAGGAAGAACAAGUCACUCCCUUCCCCACGGCACUGAUGAUAACUCCAAAAGUCCCAUCAAGUGAAGGGACAUGCCCAAGGAACUGUGACACACCCUCCUCCAGCCAGCCGCCAAGCACAAAAAUGGAGAACUACGAUGAGGAAUUUGCCAUGAUGGUCAAGCAAUUCCGGAAGUUUAAGAUGUUCUUCAAGAAGGUUGAUUCAAUCAGAAGGCCAACCAAGGGAAAGCCACAAGUUGAGAAGUACGGAGAAAGAGAAAGGAACGAGAAGAAAAAGAAGGCAAUGGUUGCUGCUGAGAGUGAUGAGUCAUCCAGCUCAAGCUCGGAUGAAGAAGCCCUCGUUUGCAUGGAGCGCAGAGUUGAAAAGUCCAACCAUGAGGAUAAGUGGACUAUGUCAGAAGAUGACACUCUCUGCCUAAUGGCCAAAGAUGAUGCUGAUCAAGAGGUAACUUCACAAACCUCCUGCUCAUCUUCUUAUGAAAGCAUACCAACUUCUGAAAAUCUUUUUGACCAGUUCAAAAAGAUGAUGGAAGAUUUUGAGGAAAUAAAUCUCAAACACUUAUCCUUAACAGAGGAGAACAAACUAUUGAGUGAAGAGAAUCUCAAGUUGACUGAAGGUCGGAAAAGUCAACUGAAUGAGAUCACUCAACUCAAGACUGAAAAUGAAUCUUUCUCUGAAAAGGUGAAAUUCCUUAACAAAGAGCUAGGGAUACUUAAGUCCAAAGAAGCAGUGGACAAGCUUCUUGAAACAACCAAACAUAAGGGUCGUGAAGGACUUGGGUUUGACCCCUCUAGUUCGAAAAGGAAAGGAAGAACAACCUUCAUCCCUCCUAAACCUACUGCCAAACCAAAUAAGCAGAAACGAAAGGAAAAGGAGAAACCAACAGAAGUUUCCAAAAAGGUAGUCCCUCCUAAGAACUAUAGGAAGCUGGACAGACCUCAAAGAGGAAAUAAUUUCAGAAGAAAACCCUCUAACCCCUACUAUACACGAGGCUAUACUCAUUAUGGGGUAGACAGGAGUUUUCCAAGAAAUUCUGAGUGGAGACCUAUGCCAAGAUACAGUCACCCUCCACCCCAGAAGCUAUUUGUGCCACCUAAGUAUGCUUAUAACCGACACAGGACACACUAUGCACAACCUAGACAAAACUAUAGGUCUUAUCAACCUAGGUUUGCUAGGAGGAAACAGGAAAUAGCACCUCCUGCACGUAGGAAGUUUUAUGCCUAUAACUAUGAUUACAAUCCCAACAAGUUUAGAGCUGCAAGGAAAAUUCCCUGCAACUUCAAACUUGAUGUUGUCGGUGCAAAUGUCCACUUCCAGAAGUUAGAAGUUAAGUGCUCGUCACCAACAUUCUUCCAAAGCUAUCUGGAAAUGAUAGCCGCUCAAGAACUCUCCGAAUUUCUUCAAAUGGAGAUUCGCCUCAAAUUCGAGGAAGAAGUUCUUGAAUUCUACAGAAAUGGAGAGGUCAAAACUGCUCAUUCAAAGAAGAACCCACAGAGGACGUUUCCGGUCAUCAAGUCCACUGUUGGAGGUACGAAAGUAAAGCUUUCGCAGAAAAAAUUGGGAGAAAAGCUUCGCCUUCCCAAUUCUGGAGUUGAAAUCGGGAAAUUUCCAGCCAAAAAUCUGGACUGGAACAUCAUUGGAAUCUCUGGGCAAAUUCCUUCUGGCCCAGCGAAGAAAGCAGAUCUAAACAACGAUUACAAGUUGGUUUUGGAACUGGUCAUCGCCUGCCUCGAAUGUGGAAGUGGAGUUAAAGGGAAAAAGUGUGAAGCCAGAUUCUGGCUAUACUACUUAUCCUCCAAAGGAGAAAACAGAGCUAGUGCUAGUGCCACUGCAGAGGAAAGCUCAUCAGAUAAUGUCCCACUCAUCCAUAUGGCAAAGACUGCCAAAAGGAAGCAAGUGGUGUCUCCCUCCAUUAGUAUUGAAGCACCACAGAACCUUGCUCUGGUUAGUGUGGAAGAAGCAGAAGAAGUCUCUGUGCAAGGAGAACUUCAAAGGAAGAAGAGGAAACUCUCCUCUCCCUCAACAUCUGAAUAUGUCAACUCGGAUAAGUUGAAGGAGAAGGAACCUGCUGAGGAAACCUCUGCCCAAAACCGGAGUCCUCAACAACUUGAAGAAGAAAUCCCUCAAGUCCAAAGCCUUCCAACCCCCUCACCUCAACCUCAAAUGGAUGAUGCUGAUAACCAAUUCUGGCAGCUCUACUAUGAUUGGAGAGCAUGGAAAGUUGGAAAUUCAACAGAGCAACUGAUGGAUUGGGACCAACAGCUGAAGAAUGAGAAGAUCAUCAAGAAAUGCUUAGGAAUACCAGUCAACCAUAGCUGUGAAGAAAUCUUGGACGACUACUGGGCAUGGCAAAGGAACCAUGAAGACCUGCAUCUGGAAUACCUAGCCAACUCACCAAAUUCAGAAUUUGAAGUAGAUGAUGAAGAUCCUUCAGUCUACAAACAAGUCUUCUCUAAAACCACAGAAGAACAGGUGGUUCUCACUUCUGAAGCACAAGCUGUUUUGGAAGCAACAGCUGAGGACUUCCAAACAUUUACGGAAACCUCAUCUGCCUUUGAAACGGAAAUCUCACAUGCUUCUGAAAUGGUUCUGACUGAAGCUGUCAAAGAGAAGGCAACCUCUCCCCCACUAGAACAGAACCACAAAACAGAAGAAGAAGAAGAAUUUCAGCAACUCGGUCAAUCUCAAGUUUUUGAGAUUCUUACAAUUGCAUGUGAGAUCUCCAAUCCUACUGAAAUUGAGAUCCCGGAGAAGUCAGCAAAAAUUCCGGAACAGUCAGCUCUUCAAGAAACAAUGGAGCAAGCUGUUGAAGCGCAAAGGAAUUCUGGAGAAGCUGAAAAGGAAACUCAAAUGGCAGAACUAGAGGUCUCUCAAACUCCAGUAGCCAUUUUUGAAGAACAGAAUGCAGCUGAAGAAAGAGACUCCCUCUCUAGGGAUAUAUCAGAUUUUGUGCUUGAUGAAGCAGAAGGAGAGUCUGAAAGAACACUGAAGAUGUCCCUUCUCCAAAUGGACAUCAGAUCAGCCCUAGCAGUAGCUUCUGCAAAUCAGGUAGUGACCAAAGACUACUUGAAGGUGAUCAUUGAAAAUCAAAAGGAAGCAUACAAGCUGUUCAGACUUAUUGGUGCAAAUUCUGGGAACCGCAAGAUGGAAGUAAUUCUCCAACAACACAGCCCAUCUCCAAUACCACAGCUCCCUAUUGCAGUUAAAGAAGGAGAAGCAUCUUAUAUCCCUUAUCAUCUGAGCAUGACAAAUCUAAUCCUUGAAGCACAGCAAAGAAAUCCAGAAAACUCAGCACAGCAUCUAUCCAGCUCAGGACUGGAUGGAACAGAAUUUAUAGGUACAGUUGUUGACCACUUCUCAAAUGAUGCUCAAUCAGAAGAGAGACGUGAAAAUUUAAGGCGCAUCAAAGAACUGUGUGGGAACAUGAAGGGCAUCAGUGAGCGCAUACAUUCAGGGGGAAUGAAAUUCAGGGGGAACUUAACUAGUUUUCGGCUAAUAAGUGUUUUUGGCUAUGAAUUAUUGAUGAGCUCUAAGCAACGGAAGUCGGAUAUCUCAGUUUUGGUACUAAAAUUGGAAAUCUCCGAUUCAGGCAUUCCUUGCUCACAUGCCAUUGCUUGCAUUCUUGAUAACAAUGAGGACCCAGAUCUUUACACAGACAAGCAGUAUUUGGUUUCCAACUACCUACAGCUCUACAUAAACCCAGUGAACAUGAUGGAAAUGUGGCCCAAAGAUGAAGAUGGACCUCUUGUCAUCCCACCAACAGACCCAGCUAAGAAAAAGGGGAAAAACAGAGGGCAAGGAGGAAACAGCCAGAAGAAGUUGAGAGAGGAAAUGACAGGGAAAAUGUGCAGCCUCGAUUACAUUCUGAUGUGCCUACAUCUGGAGCAGAGUGCUCGCCACUCGCAGAGCACUCCAGACGGUCAUUGCGUCUCUGUUGAGAGUGAUGACGGUGAGUGGGACAUUCCGAGAGCCCACAAGAAGAAGAAGGGUAAGACCCUAAGACCGGAAACUUCCCGUGACUCCUCCUUCGAAAGGCUGGGGGAUAGGGAGGACGGUCAAAGGAAAUCAGUCAGGCUGAGAUUGGGGCAGAGUGUGGCCCAUGUCAGCGCCUUUGCCCAGUUAUGCGAGGGGAGGGAGGCCAAGCCUACCCGUAUCCAGCGCACUCAGUCAAAACGGCCCAAACUCGUGAAAUCGAUGGUUUCACGCCAGGAAGAAGAAGCUGAGAGCCAGCCCUGUGAGCCGAUGAGAAAUCGGUUGACUAUCCCGAGAGAUCGCGUCCAACAGAUGGAGGUGAAGCUGGAAAGGCUAGAGAAGAAAGUGGGGGAGAAGAAUGACCAGGAAAAACCCCUAGCUGGUUCCCCAUUCACUACAAGGGUCCACUUGACACCAUUUGCGUGGAAGGUCAAGGUGGAUGCACCAAGGUUCACCGAGAAGGAGGAUCCUUAAAUUCACUUGGACUCCUUCAAUCAAAGUGCGACAAUGAAUGGGUGCACGGAUGAAGAAAAGUGCCUCUUUUUCUUCCAAACCUUGCGAAAUCGGGCCACGGAAUGGUUCAAUAAACUCCGUCCAGGGAGCAUUGACUCAUUCACAGAACUGGCCUCCAAAUUCAAUGCCAAAUUCCAAGAAAACUGUACAAAGAAGAAAAAGUUCACCAACUU